AUGGGCGUGAACGGCCUCUGGACCGUAGUACAACCGUGCGCGCGACCGACGAACCUGGCGACGCUCAACCGGAAGCGCCUCGCCGUCGACGCCUCGAUCUGGAUAUACCAGUUCCUCAAGGCCGUCCGCGACAAGGAGGGCAACGCGUUGCGCAACUCCCACGUCGUCGGCUUCUUCCGCCGCAUCUGCAAGCUGCUCUGGUUCGGCAUCCAGCCCGUCUUCGUCUUCGACGGCGGCGCCCCGGCCCUCAAGCGCGCCACCAUACAGAAGCGGCAGCGUCGCCGCGAGGGCCGCCGCGAUGACGCCGCGCGCACCGCCGGCAAGCUGCUGGCCUUGCAGAUGCAGCGCGUUGCCGAGGAGGCGGAGCGGACACGCAGGAAGGCGGAGCCGGCGGCCGCGGAAGAGCCGACCCCCGACCCCAAGGACAUGGUCUACCUGGAUGAGGUCGGCAUGUCCAACCAGGAGCGUCACCGCAAUCGAAAGUUUCACAAGACGGACGCCUAUCACCUUCCCGAGCUCGAGGGCGGCAUUGCGUCCAUGGGCAAACCCGACGAUCCCCGCAUCAUGAGCGUUGAGGAAUUGGAAGAGUACGCGCGUCAGUUCAACAGCGGCGAAGACAUCAACUUGUACGACUUCAGCAAGAUUGACUUUGACGGCGAGUUCUUCAAGAGCCUCCCGCCACCUGAUCGAUACAACAUUCUUAACGCCGCAAGACUGCGAAGCCGUCUGAGAAUGGGGUUGAGCAAGGACCAACUCGAUGACAUGUUUCCGGAUCGCAUGGCAUUUUCAAGAUUUCAGAUUGAGCGCGUCAAGGAGAGAAAUCACCUGACACAGCGGCUCAUGUACGAAGUGGGCAUGACCGGUCUUGACUUGACGCUUGGCGUGAAUGCUCGCGUCGCAGGUGAAAAAGACAGGGAGUACAUUCUUGUCAAGAAUGAAGGAGCCGAAGGCGGUUGGGCGCUGGGCGUUGUCAGCAAGGAAAAAGAUAUCGGCGAGGCCCACAAGCCUAUUGAUGUUGAUGCCAUAGCGGUCCAGUAUCAAACCAAAGAGGAGGACGACGACGAAGAAGAUGAAGGGGCAGGUUUCGAGGAUGUGCCCAUCGAAGGACUGAACCGCCUACCCAAACACGAUCCCACUACAGCCAGCCUCGAAGCUGCGCGUGAUCUUGCUUCAAAACGUCAACAAUUCUAUGAGAGCCAUAACAAAGCGUCUAAUGACGAAGAGGAGUCACUCUUUGUCGGGGGAUCAGGGGAAGCACCUGCAAUGGAGAAUGAAGUUGAGGAGAUGGAGCGCAUCCAUCCCGAGGAGGAAGAUGACUUGAACCGGGCUAUUGCUCUGUCCUUACAGAGCCAGCAUGGUGUAAGGGAAGACUCGGUGACGGAGGAUGACUUGUUCGAAGAUGUGCCCGUCGGAGACAAGCCCGAGUGGACGCAAAAGGCAGUUGAUGCUACCAAGCCUCUAACAGCCCACAGCGGCUCCAUGAUUGCGCACAUUGUGAACAACAGAUCCAACGCCGCUGUACCCAAGCGCCAAGAAAAGCCGGAGACGCAAGACGGCGACAGUGACAGCGACGAGGACAUGCAAGCCAUAAUGGCCCGGUCUCUCAAGGCCAAAAAGCAGGCGGUGCUGCCCCCGCGUCCCAUCAUGGAGAACAAGAAAAAUCCAUUUGACGGCCCGUUGCCGUUCCCGAAACUUAGCUGGGGAUCCUCCCUGUUCGGCAAAUCAAAAGCCGUUGACGCGCCGGCAAAGACGACCGCGCGCGUCCCCUCCUCUGCUGCUGCUGUCGCUGAGGUCGCUGAAGAGGGAGAUGAAAAUGAUUUGGCAGGUGGAUUCACGGUGGAGGAUGACCAAGCGCCAGAGCUACCGCCGUGGUUGGCCGAUGAGUCGGACAUUAGAGAUUCGCUGAAGAAGCAGCAGGCUGCCGAGCGAGAGAUUAAUGCCCAGGACAGAGAGAAUGCAGAAGAGGAGGGACGAAGGAGAAGGAAGGAAAUGCAAGAUCGGUUGAUUGAGAUUGAAUCGGACUCUGACAGCGACAGCGAUAUCGAGAUCAUUGAAGUACCGCUGUCCCCUUCACCGGGGCUGGUGACUGAGGAGUCGCAGACGGCGAGCAUACAAGAAGGACCAGAACAGCCUGAGCUCGAACACGGAGCGGAACGGUCGACACAACUACAGUCUACCAUGACGGAAUCGCUCUUCUCUGAAGCGAUUGGGCCUGUUAAUUUCACGCAAGCAACCACACCUCCAGAAGAUGCAGAGUCUCCUGAGCCGGAGUUUGAAGACAUUGAACUUCCCCAGGUUGCGGAAGAGAAUGCGGCUCCUGAGCCGGAAGGCCCAGUUGAGGACCCGUCUGUUAACCAAGAUGUGAACGCCACUCAAAUUGACGACGACGAACUGUUUAACGGCGCCGAGGAGCAUGAGUAUAGUGACCCGGAGGAAGAAGAGCUUUUGGUUCAAAUGGCGGAAGAGGCUGAGGAGCAUGCCCGCUUCGCUAGCGAGCUCAACCAGAAGUCUAUGGAACAAAACCGUCGCGACUACGAAAAUGAGCUCCGGCAGCUGCGUACCCAGCAGAAGAAGGACCGCCGAGAUGCAGACGAAGUUACUCAGGUAAUGAUAUCCGAGUGUCAAUCACUGCUGCGUCUGUUUGGCAUCCCGUACAUCACGGCGCCCAUGGAAGCCGAAGCGCAGUGUGCUGAGCUUGUCCGUCUGGGCAUGGUGGACGGCAUCGUCACCGAUGACUCGGAUACGUUCCUGUUUGGAGGCACUCGUGUCUACAAAAACAUGUUCAACAGCAACAAGUUUGUCGAGUGCUACCUCGGAAGCGAGCUGGAAAAGGACCUCUCCCUGUCGCGACAGCAGCUCAUCUCCCUAGCGCACCUCCUCGGAUCCGACUACACCGAAGGCCUGCCGGGCGUCGGCCCCGUCACCGCCGUAGAAAUCAUAUCCGAGUUCCCCGGCGAGGACGGCCUUUGUGACUUUCGCUCCUGGUGGGAGACGGUGCAGUCACAGCCCCGGCCCACCGGCGUGGAGGACGCCGGCUCGGCGUUUCGCAAAAAGUUCCGCCGGUCGCAGGCCGCGAAGCUCUUUCUGCCGCCCGGCUUCCCCAACCGCGCCGUCGACGAGGCGUACCUGCGGCCGGAGGUGGACAGCAGCACGGAGCCGUUCCGGUGGGGCGUGCCUGACGUGGAGGGCCUGCGGCGCUUCCUGACGGCGACGAUCGGGUGGAGCAAGGAGCGCACGGACGAGGUGCUGGUGCCGGUGAUUCGCGACAUGAAUAAGCGCGAGAUCGAGGGCACGCAGAGCAACAUCACGCGGUUCUUUGGCGGCGCCGUGGGUGCGGGAGCGCGGGAGGAGGCGUUUGCGCCGCGCAAGACGGCAGGUGCGAGCAAGAGAAUGGCGGCGGCGGUGGAUAGGUUGAAGAAGAACACGGCAGGAGAGGAGCGAGGAGGGGCUGCUGAGUCGACCAUUAAACGACAGAAGAGGUAA